UCCAACCCUAAAACCUCCUACGCGAACUCUCAAAACCCCUUCUCCUAUCUCUCUCUCUCUCUCUCUCUCUCUCUCUCUCUCUCUCUCUCUCAUAAAGCCCCCUUCUUCUCUCCUCUCUCUCUCUCUCUUUCUCUCUCUCGCUCUUGGCGAAUGGAGCAGAGAUCGGGGAGCACAUGGAGGAUGACGGUGAACGAGAAGAAGUUCAUCGAAGACGCGCUCGUCGCCGACCUCCGAAUCGACGGUCGCCGGCCCUUCGACUACCGCCGCAUCACCAUCAAGUUCGGGAGGGAGGAUGGGUCAUCAGAAGUGCAACUUGGUGAGACUCAUGUGAUGGGCUAUGUGACUGCUCAACUGGUGCAACCAUAUCGAGACAGGCCUAAUGAAGGGACACUUGCUAUCUUUACUGAGUUCUCUCCCAUGGCUGAUCCCUCUUUUGAGGCAGGGCGUCCUGGAGAAUAUGCAAUUGAACUGGGGCGUGUAAUAGACCGUGGUCUAAGGGAAAGCAGAGCUGUUGACAUGGAAUCCCUAUGUGUGGUUGCUGGGAAGUCAGUGUGGGCUAUUAGGGUGGAUCUUCACAUUCUUGAUAAUGGAGGGAAUCUCAUUGAUGCCGCUAAUAUUGCCGCUUUGGCAGCUCUCUUGACCUUCCGGAGGCCUGAAUGUACAGUCGGAGGAGACAAUGGUCAAGAAGUUGUUGUACAUGAUCCUGAGGUUAGAGAACCGCUUCCUCUAACAAUGCAUCACCUCCCGGUGGCAGUUACUUUUGCAUAUUUUGGUGAAGGUGGCAUCAUGGUGAUUGAUCCAUCUUACAAGGAAGAAGCUGUUAUGGGGGGGAGGAUGACUGCUACAAUAAACUCAAAUGGUGAUGUUUGUGCCAUUCAAAAGGCUGGAGGAGAGGGAGUCGUGUCAAGUGUUAUAAUGCAGUGUUUACGGAUUGCCUCUGUAAAAGCUGCUGAUAUAACUAGCAAAAUUAAGAAUGCAGUAGAUGCUUACAACACUGAAAGGGCACUGCAGAAGGUGAAGCGCCAGUCUUCAUCAGUUGCACAAAACAUUAAUAUACCAGAUGUGACCAUGAAAGAGAGCAACGAUGAUAAUGCAUCAGCAAGUAACCAGACAGAGAUGUUGGUAGAUGAGCCGGAGAGAAUCUCCAAAAGUGAGGUUUAUCGAAGCGCACAAACUAUUACUGCCUCAAUUGGUGACAGCACUAAGAGAGACAAAGAUACUACUAUGAUUGGUGGUCCUUCAAAUUGGGAUCCAUAUUCAAAAGGAAUCUCUUUGAGUCUUAUCAGGAGUCCUAAACCUUUAGCUGGCCCAGUGGCAGUGGCCAAGGAGCAAAAUGAAGAAAGAAUGACACAAAACCCUGGUGAACCCAAUCCUGAGGAAACAACAUUGCCAAAUUCUGGUCCUGUUGAAAGCUCAGAUGUGAGCCAGCGCCCUAGCUCCCCAAAGAGUUUGAAAGAUGCUGUGAAGCCGAAAAAUCGGAGGAAAAACAAAGGGGCGAAAAACACUAGCUAGAUCAGCCUCUUUAUACAUAGCCUUAUCAGGCAUCCGUCACACACUUGUCAGUAGCUGGCUUUCGUUGAUGCUUGACCUCAUUCUGGCGGAAGCUUUGAAGCUGAUUGUUCUUAAUAUGCUUCUGAUUGAUUUGCAAUUGCUCUGUAUGAGCUCGGCAUCAUCUGGUUAGAAAUUUGUGCCCCUUGCCUAAAGAACGUGGAAAGGUGGGCUUUAGAGAAGUGUUGAGAUAGAUUUUGGGCGAAAUAGUGUGGAAACCUCUGGCCAUAAUUUGCUGAGAUUUUUAUGGCUUGAUGACCUUUUUCUUUCAGGAUUUUUUUUGUUAGCAUCUGUUAGGUUUUUCUUUCAUUUUUUUUAAUAUAAUUUUUCCCUUUGAUAAGACUACCAGAGAUUAUUUGUAUCACAAGAAUUAAUUUAAAACUCUUGUCGAGAUCUUUGCAACAGAGGCCUCACUCGUGCAGUGGUCGUGCUCUGUAUGUUUCCAGCAAUUUCUCAUGAAGUUUUACAUUUGUAUGCUUCAUUAUUGUCUUGUUACCAAAGCUGUAUGACUGCGCCUUUUUCUCUGUUGUUGUUGUUGUUGUUUUUUUUCUUUUCUUUUCUUUUCUUUUUUUUGACUGUAACGGCCGUGUCUUGUAAGUGCUAUAAUAUCCAAUGAAGUGUUUAUGUUUAUAUUA